AUGGAGGAGGGUGAGCGAGAGCGAGCAAUGGAAGUGGAGCAGACAGGAAGAAUGGAAGGAAGGAAGGAAGGAAGGGAUGGACCCAAGCCCAGCGAGGCCCCCUUCCCGCCGCACCCAUGCAUCCACCCAACCUCCCCAGCCGCUGAUCCGCGGGUCCCCGUCACGGGGAGGACCCCACGCGUCAUUGAAAAUGGGCACGCCGGGGCACCGUCGGCAAGGGACCCGGGGUGGUCAAUGGAGGUGGGCAUCGUGGCAGAGCAAUCCACGAGCACGAAGCUGGCUGGCUGGCUGGCUGGCGAGGUAGCAAGCAGACGAGCACGCACGCCCGCACGCUGCCGUGAGUCGGGAGGGCAUUAUGCGGCGCGCGUGGAGGGGAGCGCACGGGCGGGGCGGGGGGGUGGUGCGUCGGAUCGGCAUCGUGCGCCGGAGGGCAACGGUGGAGGGGGGGGGGUGCCGGGCCCCGCCACCGGGGCGGCUGCGUCUGCGCCUGCGCGCGUGCCCCCGGGGCCAUCGAUCGCGCGCCUAGGGACGCUGGGCGGUAGGCCCGCGCAGAACGGCAGCAGCAGCAGCAGCAGGGACAGACAGCCCGGUCCGGGGGCUACCCCAUCAUGCUGCGGGACUUCACUUCAGAGGAUCUGCUGCUGUUUUCAUCAUGUUGAAUGA